AUGGGGAAACAAGGGCAGGAACGACAAGUGGGUUUGCAGAGUUCGGCGUCUUCUCCGUCGGUUUACAGCGAGGGUAGUGGUGAUCACGAUGAGGAGUUGCAGCAGAUGCCAUUGGUUCCGCCGAGGUUGAAGAUGAAUAAAAAAAGGUUGUCGAAACAGCUGUCCAUGUGCGAGACGCCGAGGGAUAUUGCUUGGGAGAGAAGACGACAGCAGAUUCUUCGACAGGAAAGGAGGAGAAGUAUUAAUGGAUCGAAUAGUAAUAAUAGUGAGUCAGACGAUUUGACGGAUGAAGAUCUGCAUGAACUCAAGGGUUGUAUAGAGCUUGGUUUUGGGUUUAAGGAAGAAGAAGGUCAACAGCUCUGCAACACAUUGCCGGCGCUUGACCUUUAUUUUGCGGUCAACCGUCAAUUUUCUCCGAGUCCGGUGUCAACACCGGGAAGCCGAUCAUCUUCGUUGGGGAGUCCCAGGAUGAGUGAUUCAGAUUCUUGGAAAAUUUUAAGCCCAGGAGACAAUCCACAACAGGUGAAGACGAAAUUGAGGCAUUGGGCUCAAGCUGUUGCGUGUUCUGUAAUGCAGUCUUAUUGA